UCCUCUACCGCUUUCCAAAUACACCAUUGCAUUCGAAGGGCACGGCUUGCUUGAAUUUUACGAAAUACGUGGAUUUUUUCACUGUGUGGAAGGUUUAUCUUGAAGCAACACUGUCUUGUAAAUCGACCAAAGCUUAUCUGACCACUGAAAAAUAAACACUGUGGAUACAGACGUUAGAUGCUUGUCAGUCCUUCCUCGACAGUCUCAGCGAUAACUUGCUAACUAGCGGUUUGCUGCUGCCUUUCUUGAACAGUUAGCUUAGCAAAUUUGGGCUGGAUAGAUGUUAUGCAGGCGAGGGAAAUCUACCUAAAUCUUUAAGCUAUCACUUCUAACAACAAACGCUGAGGAACAUUCAAUUUUCUCGUGAUAUUCUGCAUGAGGAUAAACACCGGGAAAGACCUGAGAAUACAACCCCCGCGAAGUCCAUGGAGUGCCCUCAUCUGAACUCCAAUGUGUGCGUCGCAGUAGACCCCUCCAAGUUCCCCAAUGGUUCACCCUCAUCGUGGUGUUGUGGCGUUUGUCGCUCCAAUAAGAGCCCAUGGGUGUGUUUGACCUGCUUAAGUGUCCACUGUGGAAGGUAUGUGAAUGGGCACGCUAAGAAGCACUAUGAGGAGACUCAGGGUCUUGCGGGCGGCCAGAAGAGGUGUGACAAGACCUCACAGCACUGUGUCUGCAUGGACAGCUGCAGCUACAGCACCUUCUGUUACCGCUGUGAUGAGUUUGUGGUGAACGACACCAAGCUGGGACAUGUGCAGAAGGUGAGAGAGCAUCUACAGAGUCUGGAGACUGUGACGCUGACUGACAGAAAGAGGAAGCUUCAGGAGAGUUCAGCAGUGGAAAGCAAGCAGCCCAAAGAGGAGAAUGUGGUUUUGCAGGCACCACUUGGUGCCACGGGCCUGCGGAACCUAGGCAACACCUGCUUCAUGAACGCCAUCCUCCAGUCCCUCAGUAGCGUUGAGCAGUUCAGCUGCUAUUUCAAGGAGCUGCCAUCGGUGGCACUGCGGAGCGGGAAGACGGCAGGGCAGCGGCAGUACCACACCCGGAGCCAGGGAGACAGCAGUGUUUCUCUGGUGGAGGAGUUCAGGAAGACUCUGUGUUCACUGUGGCAGGGCAGCCAGACGGCCUUCAGUCCCGACGCCCUCUUCUACGUCAUCUGGAAGAUCAUGCCCAGCUUCAGGGGCUACCAGCAGCAGGAUGCUCAUGAGUUCAUGCGGUACCUGUUGGACCACCUGCACGGGGAGCUGCAGGGGAGCCACAGCAGCCGUAACGGAGCCCACCGCCCCCCCGUGCCGCAACCACCCCCCGACGCCAUCAGGACAGGGGACAAGUGCUGGGGUAAUGGGACGUCCUCGGUUGUCACGUCCAUAUUUGGGGGCGUGCUGCAGAGUGAGGUGAACUGCCUGAUCUGCGGGACUGAAUCCCGGAAACUGGACCCAUUCCUAGACCUGUCUCUGGACAUUCCGAGCCAGUUCCGCAUCAAGAGGUCCAAAGACCAGGAGCCUGGGCCCACCUGCACGCUUCGAGACUGCCUACGUAGUUUUACUGAGCUAGAGGAGCUGGAUGAGACGGAGCUGUACAUGUGUCACAAAUGUAAGAAGCGACAGAAGUCCACCAAGAAAUUCUGGGUCCAGAAACUGCCAAAGGUUCUGUGUUUGCACCUGAAGAGAUUCCACUGGACAGCCUACCUCCGCAACAAGGUGGACACGUAUGUGGAGUUUCCCAUGCAAGGCCUGGAUAUGAGCGGAUACCUACUGGAGUCGGAGAGUGCAUCGUCUCAGACCUGUGUGUUUGAUCUGGCAGCUUCAGUGGUCCAUCACGGCUCAGGGGUCGGCUCGGGUCACUAUACAGCCUAUGGUUGUCACUCGGGCCGCUGGUACCACUUCAACGACAGCACGGUGACGGCCAGUGACGAGGCGGCCGUGCGCAAGGCCAAGGCCUACAUCCUGUUCUACGUGGCACGCUCGGACGCCACGCAGAAGACAGAGACAGUGGCGGAAACGGGCACGGUGGGAAAAAUGGAGGCGGGCACAGUGGGGAACAUGGAGACGGGCACAACAACUGCAACAAAAUGGGGCAUGGUUGAAUGCGAGGCGGGCACGGGAGAAGCAGAGGCAGGCGUGGGCACAGCAGAGACUGGUGGUGCUGCUGGCAUGGCCAGCGGGCAGACUGGCACAGAGGGCACUGCUGAGGCUGAGGCUGGCUCAGGGUCGGUGCCCCCGGAGCUGCCAGCGCAACUGCCAGUGCCAGCUGUGGACUUGGCCUCUGGCUCUGCGUGUGGAUUGGGCAGAGGACCAGAGCAGAGCUCAGGAAGUGACAGUCCCAGUCCCAUGAUGCAUCAGGUCACAGCGGGGCCACCACUCAGCUGGAACUAACUAACUAGCUAACUAAGCCGCCUGUCUGGGGACCAGAGGGACGCUGUACUACUGCGCUCCCUUUCAUUGUCUCACAUUCAUUUGCCUCCCUUUUACACACACACACACACACACACACACACACACACACACACACACACACACACACACACACACACACACACUUACGGUAAUACUUGCACACAAACACAAAGUACUUAGGCACACACACACACAUAUUCCCACACUCACUCAUACUGUUUUUUAUUUCACAAUCGUCACUCGCAGACACACUCACAUACAUGCACACACACACACACACACAAAUGCACACAGAUUUGCUCAUGACCUCAUAAUCAUGAAAAGAAACCUCAGUUUGUUUUGUUGAGUUUUGUUUUGUUAAGUUUUGUUGCUUUAUUUUCAUGACCACCUCAUUGCUGCUCUUUCUGUUGACUGUUGGUUUUGUUGAGAAAAUGAAGAGCUAGAAAGAAGAGAGAUGAAAAUGUAUGUGUUGUGUUUAUGCCUUGUGUUUCACAGGGACGUGAGCCUGUAUCGGAAAGUUAGGUGGGUUAGGUUAGGCAAGUGUAAAUGGUCUGUCACCCAGUGUUCAAUUUGCCCAAAGAAAGUGGUAAAAAGCAAUGGCGCUUUUUGUCGAUGGGCAAUAAAUGGUCCCUCACAAUGGGUAUAAGAGGGUAGCUAGCGGUAUCAGCUAGCUUUUCACUGAAACCUACCAUGCUAAACAGCCAGCAUCCGCUGAAUUGUAACCCUAUUCAGAGAGUCCCAAGUGUGGCACAAUGUUAAAAAAGGACCACCAUUUUAUUAGAAGGUUUAUUUCUAGUUUUGAGUUCACAUGGCUGGGUUAGGCACUGAACCACCAACUUGGAAUACUCAGCAGGGUUCAUGUUCUCCCAAAGUUGUUCUGAUUCUAUUUAAGAAUCAUGUCAUGAAGUGUUUUUGUCCCAUGUUGGCAGUUCGAUUAUGUUAAGAGUGUCCGAGGCACCGCAAGUAGAUCUUUAGUCUGAUCAAUCAGACUGUAGAUGUGUAAAGAUGAUGAUGUAGACCAAUUUUAAAAAAAUGUAAAGAAUGUCUUUUUGAAAUGACACAUUUGUGCUUCAUCUGCUGUCUAUGUGUCGACACCUGUCACAUUUUGCUGUUGUUUUUUUCUCUCUUUUUCAGUUUUUUUUUAAUAGUUCUUCUUGUUUAUGUUGAUUUUAUAUAAUCUGUGAAUUCUCUGCCUAUGCCAGCUCUGUUCGUUGGGUGGGAACACUUUGGCACCAGGAGUCUGUUUUUGCUCAUCCUCCACCACUGACUGGUGAAUUAAAGAGAUCAACAUA